AUGGCGGCGGCGGCAGCGGCCGGCGGCGGCUCGGCGGCGCUGGGCGACGGCGGCGGCAUCGACUACUCGGUGCAUGAGGCGUGGAACGAGGCCACCAACGUCUACCUGCUGGUGGUGCUGGCCAGCCUCGCCCUCCUCGUCUACGCGCGGCGGAACAAGAGGAGGAUCAUGCGCAUCUUCACCCUGCCCCCGGCCGCCGAGACGCCGCCCGAGCCCAACUUCUACGACAGCAUGAAGAAAAUCCGCCUGCGGCAGCAGCUGGAGAUGUACUCCAUCGCAAGGAAGUAUGAACAGCAGCAGCAGCCACCAAAACAAGCUGAAAGCGUACAGCUCUCAGUGGAAUGAAGCCCAGAAUUGUAGGAACUCUGGAUACAUUUCCAGUGCUGAUGAUAAGAGUCAGCGUGGAGCUAUUUUCAGUGCCUCUUAAUUGAUACAUAGCUGAAGGCAAGGGAGAAAGGAAGGGGACUCUCCUAAAAACUUUGUUCUCAGUAGCUUUUCUCUGAGCCCCGUGAAGUAAACUGAGUGCCUGCUGAAACAUUCAGUAUGAAAGUACCCAACACAGGGUAGAGCUGCUCAGAGAAACCUCAGAGGGUAGAGAAGUGCAGCCUAACCAAUGUUUUAAAUUAUUUCUCUCUCUGCCGGCACCUUGGAAAUCAGCUCCUACCUUCUCUGGGAACGGCACCCUAGAGAAAGCAAGGCAGUACCUAUCUGCCUGGAAACCCUUUUGUUCCGUGAUCACACCUUGUUGAAUUUGCUGAAUGCGUUCAGUAAAUGCGAAUGAAGAUACUGUGGCCGUACUGCCCAGCGAAGGUGAACAGCUUUGAGAGCCUGGCGUCUCGUUGGCGGUAGUGUGGAAAGAUUCUGCGCUCUGUUUAUAUGGCGGUUGCGUAUGCAAUACCAUGAACCUUUCCUGGAGAAACUUUUGAGUACUGAGAAGGACACAGUGAACUGCAUGUCUAGAAGACACUUAAAGUCAAUACUAUAAUGUUAAUAGCAGUGGUGGUUAGCUUAAUUUAGUAAAAUUGCUUUAAAGAAUGGGAUUGUCUAUAAAAAUUUGCAUAAACGGAAAGAUCACGGCUUCUCCAGAAGAGCCAUCUCAUCCCAGUUACUUUUUUCUUUCUAGGUAAAUCACAAAAUCAGUUAAAGAAUACUGCAGAAAUUACUUCUUAAUAAAAGUGUCUGAUCAUGAAAACUA